AUGCCGUCGUCCAUCAUCGAGGCAGUGCCAACUAUGCCAUUAAAGGCACCGGCGAGGGCCAAGGUUAACUUAAUCGCUUGGGACCCUGAGUCUCCAGCGCAUGCCGAGCGAAUGGUUCAGCAGCGUGUUGCAUGCGGGUGGAAGCAGGAUUAUAUUGAACAAUGGAGGGUUUUGCAGCGAAAGGGCAAGAUGGCUCUUCAGUGGGUUGUUCUUUCAGAAGAGGAUCCAGAAAAAGAGUCCAAGCUAGCCCAGCACCUGCUAAAGUACCCCGGAGAGGCGGCGCCCAUUCUUGACUCAGCCACGGCCUUAGGUGGUAACCCACGGGUACCAUCCUCGCAAUCAUUUAUUCCUGUGGGCCACAUUUCCCUAAAUUCGGAGACUCCGUAUCCGGACCAAGCAGACGCUUCAAAAGGGAUCUACUGUAUAUCUACAUUCUAUAUCUCCCGCGCUAUCCAAGGUGGUGGACUUGGCCGUGCUACAAUGGAUACCCUCGAGAGCGAGGCCGUUAAGGAACCGUUGUGUGCGAAGGUAUUGUCUCUGGAUACCUUGGCCAAUAAUAGUGCGAAUAGGUCUCAGAUGUGGGUAGAAAUUGGGAUGAAGCCGCCUGCAUUGUCGAAUGAGGAUUGGUAUACACGACGUGGAUAUGAGGUCUACAGAUUCGAGGAAGGUCAUAUUAAACAUAUUGAUCCUAAUGGAAAAGUGUGGCCACUAGACAGCGUCUUUAUGAAGAAAACGGUCGCAUAA